CCGUUCCUGAAGAGAGUGAAGUAAGUUUUCGUUCAGGCACCGUCUUGAACAGCCAUCUCGUGCUGGUGUUGUGAAGGACCACGCAGUCCACUAUGGCGGCGCCCGAUGGGACUUUAAACUGUGAGGACUUUUCCAUGUUUCAGGAGGGGCUGAAGGCGAUGCGCACUAUAGACGACCGCAUCGUCCACGCCCUGAACACUACUGUGCCCACAGUGUCCUUCUCAGGAAAAGUGGACGCCACACAGACCUGCAAAGAGCUUUAUGAGUCGUUGAUGAAAGCCCACCUAAGUAGAGACAAAGCCAUCAAGGCUUGCAUAGCUCAGAAAUCAGAAGUGAUGGUGCAGCUGCGGGAAGAACGAGCAAAAGACAGCGACAAUCUGAAACUGGUCAAACAGCUUCGAAAGGAGCAGACCAACUUGAAGCUCAUGCAGUCAGAGCUGAACGUUGAAGAAGUUGUCAAUGACAGAAGUCUGAAGGUUUUCGCUGAACGAUGCAGAAUCCACUACCUGCCUCCGAAGGUGUAGCGAAGAUCCCUCUGAGGAAAAAGAGCCUCUUCGAUCUGUGUUUAAACCCAGACUGGAGCGGAGCGUGUGUGUGCCGCUGCUCAGCACCGACGGCUCAGCACCGACGGCUCAGCAGGCGACGCUCGUCCUCCAGACCAAUCGGAGCUCUAAUCCACGCCACCUUUUCUCAUCGUCAUUAUGGUGUAGCAGAAUGAAUGCUGUAAAAAUAAUCUUUGUUCUUCACAAGGGGUUAUUGUACAAAAGCUUUUUUUAAAAAAAAAAAAACUAAACACAAUGAACUGUUUUCAAGCGACUUCUGUUGUCCGUGUUUUAAAUCGUUAGCAUAAACCCGGUGCUUCUGACGGGCAAUGAACUGAGCUGGACCUGUUUUCUUGACUUGUUCAUUAGACCUCUUUACUGUUGGUGCUCGACAACGUCAGAUUAAUUAGUAUAUUUAGAUAUUUUAUACUGACAUUACAGCUCUUUCAAAGAGAACAUCACAACAACCCCAAGUAAGGUUAAAACUUGAUUCUGAUUUAUUACAAAGCUUAUCUCUAAUAUUUGGUGCUACAAAAAAGUAUUUGCCCCCUUAUAGGUUUCUUUUUUUUCUUUUUUCUCACACAUUUUAUCAACCUGGCCCUGUGUGAAAAGUAAUUUCCCACUAAUCCUAAUAAACAGU